GCAGCAGCAGCAGCAGCAGCAGCAGCAGCAGCAACAGCAACCACAAGCAGCGCUGCUAUGGCGGCCUCUAUUCUCGCCCCGGCCGUUCCGGCCCUUCCUUUCUCGUAUACCCAGCCAUCUUUCCCUCCCACUUUCCCCAGCGGACGGAAUAGCGAUCGCGAUGCGCCAAUCCAUUCUGGCCUCCUUCAGGACGACUCCAAGCCCAGUGUUCUCAUCCGCGGCCUCCGGGCCAACGUCGACGAGCAGUACGUGCGCAUCAUGUGCACCUUUGCCGAGAAUGAUAUCGUCCACGUUGAACUUGUAGCCCCCCAGGGUGGUGGCGAGCAGGCAGUCACCCGCUCCGCCGUCCUCCAGCUGAAGUCGCUCGCGGCUGCGUGGGACGUCAAGAACACCCUCAACGGGAAGAACGGCCUGGCGGUCGAGAUCCUCAACUUCACCUUCACACAGUCUUCCAACUCGUCGUCUAGUGGCCCCUCAUCCACAACCUCGCCCGCCGUCGGUCCAACACAGGGUUCUCGGUUCGAUGCGGCCUUCGCAUCGCUCGACAGGACGUCGCCCUCGAGCACAUCGCCCCCCAACGGCGAUACUUAUGCGCGCAACGGCAGUCUAGCCUACACCGAGUCGAGUGCAAAUUACGGGUACAGGAAUGCCUUUUCUUCGCCCCUCGGCGAGCAGCCACCGCGCGUGUCGGGCAAGUCACUGAUCAACGAUGCCACGGAUGAUGAUGAGACUGGGGACAUCAUCAACAAUCCUCGUGCGUACGCCGAGGGAGGAGCGUUCUCCUCCCAGCGCCGUGCCACUGCGCCUCACAUCCCUCUCUCUGCGCACAUGGCCGCGCUGUCCCUCAACACUGGCACCAAUGCCAUGUCCACAGCCCAGCGCGCCCACUCGGGCAUGUUUCUACCAGCUGCGGCCCACGCCAGCCACAUGUCUCCAACCGGUCUGAGCAGCGGCAUGACAAACUUUCAGCGCGGGUUCGCACCCCUGAACGGCCGUAUGCAUUCCCACGCCCCACCGCCUGCGAAUCCUGCCGACCAGAACCCGCCCUGCAAUACCCUCUAUGUCGGUAAUCUGCCCAUGGAUGCGAUCGAGGACGAGCUGAGGCGGCUGUUCACGAUGCAGCGUGGCUACAGGCGCAUGUGUUUCCGGAGCAAGGUGAACGGGCCCAUGUGCUUCGUCGAGUUCGAGGAUAUCACAGCCGCGACCAAGGCGCUCAAUGAGCUCUACGGUGCGAUGCUCAGCAACAGCAAGAAGGGUGGCAUCCGCCUGAGCUUUUCCAAGAACCCUCUGGGUGUCCGCGCAAACCCACCCGGUCUGGGCCAUAUCGGAUCGCUGUCUGGAGUCAACGGCAUGCCACCACACGGUGCCACCGGCUUUGGGGUGACUGGUCCUCCUCCUGGCCUCAGCGUCCCGCCAGGUCUCGGUGGCAACCGAUCGGCAAAUUCGUACCCAGUCUCCCCUCUGCCGAAUGGAUCUGGCGCCGCCCCCGCCCCCAAUAACAGCAACAAC